AUGCACCCUCGGUCGCGACUCUGGUACCUGCUGGACUUUGUCCUCGUCCGAAGGCGAGAUCAGGCGGGCGUGCUGACGACAAUAGCGAUCCUGGAUGCUGACGGGUGGACCGACCACCACCUCGUCAUCUCCAAGAUGCGAAUUCGCCUACAGCCUUGUAGGAGACCUCAAGGUAAGCGAGCUCCAAGUAAGCUGAAUAUUGCUUUGUUGUCUUUCCCUGCUCACCAUCUGUAUUUCAGUAAUGAGCUAGCCCAAAGCCUAACCAGCAUUCCAGUCGCCGCCGCCGCUAACGAGAACGCCCUCGUGGAGAACCGAUGGUGUCCACUGCGGGACACAGUCCAGUCGACGACUCUGGAUGUCAUCGGCCGCGCACGUCGAGAACAUCAGGAAUGUUUCGAUGACGACGCCGCUAUCAUCAAUCUGCUCGCAGAGGAAAGUCGCCUCCGCAAAGCACACGUCACUGGCACCUCUGACGACGACAAAGCAGUUUUCUACCGUAAUCACCGUCUUUUACAACACCGGCUGCUGUAGGUGCCGGACGUCUGGACGACUCGCAAGGCCGAUGAGAUUCAAGGAUUCGCGGACUGCAACGAAUGGAAGAUUUUCUUCGCCGUGGUCAAGGUUGUCUACGGUCCCACAGCCAAAAGGACUGUUCCUCUUCUCAGCGCCGACGGCAGUACCCUGCUCCCUGAGAAGAAACAAAUUCUACAGCGAUGGGCCGAGCAAUUCAGAAGCGUCCUCAACCGUCCCUCCACCAUCUCCGACAUCGCAAUCGCCCGUCGGUCUCAAGUGAAGACCAACGCCGAACUCGACCUCCGCCCUCUCUCCACAAAACCAUCGGGACCGUGA